AUGGCUAACAUAACCGACUACGCAUUUGUUCCUGAAUUCUACUACACCGAUCGAAUUCAGUAUGUUCAAUAUGUCUCCGACCACCUAGGAGUAUUCGCUCUGCUAGCAGUAGGAUUUGUUUUCCUGGUGCACCGAUGGCUCCUCCCGCGGCCGAUUCCCGGAAUUCCAUACAUGGAAACUUCGGCGCAUAGCAUCCUGGGCGACAUUCCGGCUAUGAUCACACACAUCAAGGCCACUGACGGAACAUUCGCAACAUAUCUCCGGUCGGUAAUGGAGCGACUAAACUCUCCCGUGGUGCAGAUAUUCAUGUUUCCCUUCGGCAAACCACUGGUGCUGCUGGGUGACUUUGCCGAAGCCCAGGAUAUGCUGCUGCGGCGCGAUCAUGAAUUCGAGCGAUCGGCGACGCUCGGCGAUUUGCUUUUGGGUAUCCUGCCCAAGCAUCAUGUUCAUCUGCCGACUGGGAAGCAAUGGAAAGCUCAGAGAGCGUUGAUUCGCGACCUGAUGACACCUAGCUUUCUACAUAAUGUGGCGGGUCCAGUGCUCUAUGACACUGCCUCUGACUUGAUGGAAUUAUGGCGAACAAAAGCUCGGAUUGCUGAUGGCAGACCUUUCGAUGCGCAUGAGGACAUCUACCACUUCGCCCUCGAUGCCAUGUCGUCGUUCACCUUUGGACAUGGAUUCGACACUAGCAGUGUGCGACCUACCACCGAGGCAGUGCGAGGUCUAAAUGCCGCUGCGCAGGAGAAGCUGAAGAGCAAAGGCAGCAAGGAAGAUCCUGUCGCCUUCCCCCACGGAAAAAUGCCCGACUUGAUGUGGGCAUUCAUGGAGUUGACCGAGCUAGUGGCCUACUUGCUAGGUAACCCGUUCCCUCACCUCACAUGGUUGUACGUCCUGCGCAAGCCUUCUUCCAGAAAAGCUCGUAAGAUCAAAGAGAACUUCAUACGCUCUGAAAUCUCGCGUGCCGUGGAGCGUUCCAGCAAGAAGGGUCAACAGCCAACCUCUGCGGUAGACCACAUGGUGUUCCGCGAGAAGACAUUGGCCGAGAAAGCGGGCCAGAAGCCCAACUUCCACUCGCAGUUGAUGGUCGAUGAGAUCUUUGGAAUCGUCUACACGGGCCACGAGACAACCAGUACUAUGCUCAGCUGGGCCGUCAAGUAUCUGGCCGACUCGCCGACCACCCAGACCCAGCUCCGCGACGCCCUGCACGACGCUUUCGCUGACGCCAAACGCGAAGGACGCCCGCCCUCGGUCCAAGAAAUUACGAGCAAACAAGUGCCUUGGCUGGAGGCAACCAUCGAAGAAUCUUUGCGUUGCGCCUCGGUUGCUCCCACCAUCGACCGCAUGGCCACCCGCGACACCCAAAUCCUAGGCUAUCAUAUCCCCAAGGGCACUGUGGUCUCCCAGCUCUGCUCGGGUCCCAGUAUUACAUCGCCUGCUUUCGCCAUUGAUGAGUCCCUACGCAGCCCUAGCAGUCUCGCAGCUCGUCGCAAGGGCGGACUGGUGCCGCCAAACUGGCAGGGCCCUGACAUCGGAGUGUGGAGGCCCCAGCGCUGGCUGGUUACUAGCGACGAUGGCCAGGUUGAGUUCAACCCCAACGCGGGACCUCAGGUUGCUUUCGGACUGGGCACGAGAGGAUGCUAUGGCAAGCGGUUGACGUACGUUGAGUCGCGUAUUGUGUUGACUUUGCUGCUAUGGAAUUUUGAAUUGGUGCAGUGUGCGCCGCAGAUUUCGAGACUGGCUGCGAAGAUGACUACGGCUAAUGCGCCGAGAGAUUGCUAUAUUCGCCUGCGCGAAUUGGAUACCACUGCUUGA